AUGGGCACGUACCACAGGUUAUCUAAGGUCGAAGGUCUUAGGGAGGGAGAUCCGGAGCCCUACGAGCGCGACAGGCGCGUCAAACGCUACUUCAGCGCAACCAAAGUAGUCGGGUCCGGGAAGGAAACUGCUCCAGUAACUCACAUCUCGUUUUCGCCCGAGGGAACUUUCGUUUCAGUAUGCACCGGAACCAAGGUUAUCUUCUACGACUACGCUCAACAGAAGAUCGUCCACACCUUCCACGAUUCUAAGGACUUCGUCAGGUGCUGCGCCUUCCGUGGAGACGGAAAGGUGGCUGCUGUAUCGGAUGACGGGGGAUGGGUGCAUCUUAUCGCAUUAGGACUGAAAUCCAACCUCAAGAAAUGGCGUGCUCACGAGACCCCCUGCCACGCGCUCCACUUCUCCUGCACCAAGUUGCGGCUCAUGACCGGAGGCGACGAUGGCGUCGCCAAGCUGUGGGAUACCGUCACUGGCGAACUCGUCGAGGAGUUUAAAUUCCAUUCGGAUAAGAUAAGGGCCGUCAGCGACUUCUGCGGCUCGGAACAGCUCUGGGUGACCGGCGGUUAUGAUUCAGUGGCGUACCUGUUUGACAUCAGGAACAACGUGAAACCUGCGGCGAAGGUACACCAUGGUGCUCCCAUCGAGUUUGUGGAACUGUCAAUCGCUAACAACCUACUACUCACCGCGGGUAAAAACAUUGUGAAGCUCUGGGACUUGUCGAGUGGCCUCCAGCUCAUGUACUCCUUCGAGCCGCACCAGAGGACUGUUGUAAGGGCCUUCAUGAGACACCCUAUAAUCACUGCCUCACUAGACGGUACCGUCCGCUUCUUCAACUACGCCUCAGUUUACCAGAGCGAUUUCCACGCCUCCGACGAAAGGUACCUGGCUGAGCUGCGUGGUGAUGAGUUCAGCUCACGUAUGUCCCAAACAUUAACCGCAAGAUCCACGAGCUACAACUCGGACGAUGAUUCGUCUGAGAAUGUGCUCGAUGAAGAGGCGGAUGUUUCCUCGUCUGAGGAUAGUGAUGAGCCCCGGAGUCCCGCGUCAGUUAGUGUUAGGGGCAAGAGAGCCGCAGACUGCCUGUCCGACGGCAGCAACUUUGUCACCCCGGAAAGCAGAAUCGCCUCACCAGACCACUUCACGCCAAUGAGCGCCAAUCCCGACUACCUGGAUGAUUCAGAGACGUCUCAAUCAUCGCAUGUGGAACGGCCCACGGGGGAAAGCGCGUCGCAGUAUACGACAGAUAGGACGGAAGCGUUGGAUGGUACGCCCACUGAAGAUCUAGACGAUACUACAGUGUCUCUGAGGCACGUAUACAGGUUCAACUCGCCCGUCACAGCUCUUGAUGUUACGUUGGAUACCAGGGCGAUCGCCAUAGGACUGAGCUCCGGUGAAUGGAUCAUUAGGCACAAUGCGAAGGAAGAGACGGAGGAAGUUUUGUUUCACCGAAAAAUUGUUAAGGUGGAGGAAGAUCUCGUCGAGUUCAAACCCACCAAAUUGUCGCUGUUGGAUAGGUUGGUCAAAACGUUCCAGUACCAGGCGGCACUAGACCUGUCUUUGUCGCUCACGCCCGACCAUGUGUACAAUCUGGUCGAGACUUUGGUGCUGAGGGGAAGCCUAGCUACAGCUGUUAAGGGGAAAGAUGAACACACGAUCUUGCCCCUGCUGAGAUUUGUUUCGGCGCAUCUGGGGAACGACAUGCAGAACACGAGCACGUUGCUAGAGCUUGCGCACGCAAUUAUAGACAACAAUCAAUGGCUAGAGACGUGCGACAACACACAAGUCAUAGAUGAGCUGCGGAAGAUUCCCAACAAGAUAAACUUUGAACUGUUUCAGCACAAUAUUUUGCAGUCGCUCAAGGGGUCACUUGACCUCAUCCUCAAUCGUUCGUCAAGCGACAAAGAAUACGAUGAUUAA